CCAAAGCAUGGUGCAGGCUCUCUGUCGCCAUCUUGCUCCCGUUGUGGGUGGUGCAGGGCGGCAUUGACUGGCUGUUAGUCAGUUUGAAUGUAGUGGCUCGGCCUGGCACCAUGUCUCGGUUUAGGAGAGGAGGGGGACACCCGGACCCCAGGGCCGGUUUCCAAGACGAGAAGGACAAAGAGCCCCCCGUUCCCCAGGGACUGAUCAGGACAGCCCGGAAAAGCGGCCAAUUAAAUCUGUCAGCGAGGGGCCUGACUGAGGGUGAGAUCAUGGGGCACCCAGGGUCUGUCUGGCACUAGGAUCAUGGCAUGGUGUGAGAGUGACAGCUGGCUGACUGACGGGGCAUUGGUUACAACAUUGGUAACAUUGGCAUUGGUUAUUAUUAUUAUUGGUCUGGGGGUCACAGCAGGCACACCGGCAGGGGUAUUAUUAUUAUUAUUAUUAUUAUUGGUCUGGGGGUCACAGCAGGCAGACUAGGGGGGUCACAACAUGCACACCGGCAGGGGUAUUAUUAUUAUUAUUAUUAUUAUUAUUAUUAUUAUUGGUCUGGGGGUCACAGCAGGCAGACUAGGGGGGUCACAACAUGCACACCGGCAGGGGUAUUAUUAUUAUUAUUAUUAUUAUUAUUAUUGGUCUGGGGGUCACAGCAGGCACACCGGCAGGGGUAUUAUUAUUAUUAUUGGUCUGGGGGUCACAGCAGGCAGACUAGGGGGGUCACAACAUGCACACCCGCAGGGGUAUUAUUAUUAUUAUUAUUAUUAUUAUUAUUAUUAUUGGUCUGGGGGUCACAGCAGGCACACCGGCAGGGGUAUUAUUAUUAUUAUUGGUCUGGGGGUCACAGCAGGCAGACUAGGGGGGUCACAACAUGCACACCGGCAGGGGUAUUAUUAUUAUUGGUCUGGGGGUCACAAGAGUCACACUGGCAGGGGUAUUAUUAUUAUUGGUCUGGGGGUCACAACAGGCACACUGGCAGGGGUAUUAUUAUUAUUGGUCUGGGGGUCACAACAGGCACACUGGCAGGGGAAUUAUUAUUAUUGGUCUAGGGGUCACAACAGGCACACUGGCAGAGGUAUUAUUAUUGGUCUGGGGGCCACAACAGGCACUCUGGCAGGGGUAUUAUUAUUGGUCUGGGGGUUAUAUCAGGCAGACUGGGGUGGUCACAGCAUGUACACUGGGAUGGGGUAUUAUUAUUUUUAUUGUUAUGGGGGUCACAACAUGCACACUGGCAGGGGUAUUAUUAUUAUUGGUCUGGGGUUCACAACAUGCACACUGGCAGGGGGGUAGCUGGGCUGAGGGAUCAACAUGCACAUUGGCAGGGGGAUAACUGGGCUAAGGGAUCAACAUGCACACUGGCAGGGGUAUCGCUGAUUUGGGGUUCACAGCAGGCAGACAAGUAUAGAUAUUACUCAUAUGGGAGUCACAGCAGGAAGACAGGUAUGGAUAUUACUGAUGUGGGGGGUCACAGCAGGCAGACUGGCAGGGGUAUUACUGAUCUGAGGUUUUCUACAGGUAGAAUGGCUGGGGUUCACUGCAGGUAUACUGGCAGGGGUAUAGUCGGGGUUCACUGCAGGUAGACUGGCAGGGAUAUAGCUGUGGUUCACUCCAGGUUGACUGGCAGGGGUAUAGCUGGGGUUCACUCCAGGUAGACUGGCAGGGAAAUAGCUAGGGGUGUCACAGCAGGCAAGACUGAUAGGGGUAUAACUGGGGUCACAGCAUGCAAAACUGGCAGGGAAAUCGUUGGGCCUGGGACUCACAGCAGGCAGACUUGCAGAAAUAUAGCUGGGUCUGGGGGUCACAGCAUGCAAAACUGGUAGGGACAUUGCUGGGCCUGAGACUCACAGCAGGCAGACUGGCUGGGAUAUAGUUGGGGGUGUCACAGCAGGCAAGACUGGUAGGGGUAUAACUGGGGUUCACUGCAGGUAGACUGGCUUGAAUAAAGCUGGGUCUGGGAAUCGUAACAUGCAGAUUAGAAGGGGUUUAUCUGAGUCGGGGGGUCACAACAGGCAGACUGGCAAGUUUUAGCUUGGUGAGGGGGUCAAAGCUGAUACUAGGCACAGAAAGCAAUCUCUAUUGUGAUCAAUAGGGUGUAAUACUUCAGUUUUUGAAUUGCAACCGCUAACCUUUUCCUCGCUGCAUUGGAAUAGUGUGAGUUACAUUCCAAUAAUGUCUGGAGGGUAUUGCAACUACUACAGAUUCACAUUUAACAGGUGUUCAGCUUGAACAGUAAGUUAUGUGUGCUUCUGGGACACCCUGACUGAGGGUGAUGAGAGCAAAGCACUAUUAUAGUCUUAUUUAUAAGAGCUCACUGGAUUUUGGUUAUGUUAUAUAAUAGUUACAAGCUGGAACAGUAACGACUGAUCUUAAUGAGCAAAACAGACACUACAUAAACUUUGCCAUAUUUGAUGAUGUUUCGAGGCAAUAUCACCAAAUGUAAACGAACUGUUAAUUAAAGCAAAUAAGCACUAAUAAAUUAAUAAUAUAGCUCUGCUAAAUGGAUAACACAACAAAUGCACAUGUUCGCUAUACCCAAAAUGUCAGCUUUGAAAAAGCUUAAAAUGGCAGUUUCACAUCAAGCUUCUCCUAUUGUUUAUUGUUCUCUUCUCAUGUGUCACAUGAACUAUUUUGUUGCAAAUUGGAAAUUACAACUGUGUUUCUUUAAAGUGGCCCUGUCCUUUAAAACUUACAUUUUUCCUAUUUUUUCCUAUAGUGUCCUUUUAAAACAAUACGUAGGACACAGCAGUCCCUACUUUGUCUUAUGUCUUAAAGAGAAAUAGCUCAGAAAAGAACAUAUUUUGAAAGAGGAAUCAAUAGGAGAAAGGUACAUUUUAGGUAACCGUUAUCAUUGCCAAUUUGAAACAAACUAGUUAAUGCCACACCUGAUACUUCUUAUUACUACUGUGAUGUAAUUGCAAUGCCCACACAAUAAAUGGCAUAUGGGUCUCGAGAUUGUGUGAUGAAUGACAGUGACAAAAGGGAGAUGUUUCUUCAAUCAGUUAUAAAAGUGCAAAUUUCAACUCGAAAUUGGCACUUUCAUACACUGCAAUUAAAGGAGAUGCUACUCACACAUAAAAUGCUUCAGCUGAAGUGUUUUAUGUGUGUUGAGUGUUACUUUAACUCAGCAGACAGCAGAUACAUUUUAUUGUUCUAAGAAGAAUGAAAUUCUUAAUUAGAACUUGAUCUGUAGUUGCUAUGUUAUUAAACGGAGUUCAAAUUAAACCAGGAGAGAUCCAUAAGAUACUGUCUUUAUUGCAUCUUUACCAGGAAACCUUAGUCAUCCAGUUUCAGUAAGCUGGUGUCAGGAUUCCAGGUGUAUAAUUCUUCCUUCUCUUACUGCCAUAUCUAGUUCCUUUAAGUGUUUGGCGAAUAAACUUGGAUACACCAGAAGAAGCUCAUCAGAACGUGACAUUUGGUGGAGCCGACCGGUGGUGGGAACAGACUGAUCUAACAAAGUUGAUUCUAGCUUCAAACAAAUUGCAAUCUCUGUCUGAAGAUAUAAAGCUUCUUCCAGCUCUUGUUAUUCUGGAUGUAAGUUGUGAUUUGUUGUUACUUGAAGUGGUGCGGGUCUGGAGGCAGGGGAGUAUUAACUUCCAAUCACAAAGUCAACAAAAGAUAUGGAGCUUGUCUGAUGUUCCUCCAUUUUAUGCAGCCAUAGUCACAUGUCCCUGCAUAUGACUUGCACAGUCUCCCUACACAUUUCACACCAAGAGAUUUUUAAUGUUUAAAGGGACACCCCAGGCCCCAAAAGUACUUUAGCUUGCUGAAAAGCUUUGUGUGUGUGUGUAAAGAGUGUGUCCUUUCACUGUUUGCAAAAGUGUGAAUUUCUGGGAGUUCAAAAUAAAUUAUAAGCCAAAAUAACCCAACUGAAAGCAUAGCUGGUCUGGAAGCUUUUUGUAGUUUGGCUAUUUUAGUCCCUAAUUUGAAAUUCACUUUGCAUUUGCAACAAUUCACAAUUUAGUGGAUCAACUUGUAGGAGGUUCCUUGAACUUGUUCAGGUGAGCAGAUCCCCAAUACAGUUUAAAAUAUGUAUCUAUUAGUAACCCAUUAGAACAGUCAAAACCUGCACGCUUUGUAACUAAAUACUUCUAAAUACAAUCAUCAUUGGCACUUACUCCACUGCAAAAUAAAUAAAAAUCAUUGUUUAGUAGAUCAACCCCACACAAAAGCAUGCAUGCAUUUAAUUAUGCUUUUUUUUUUUAUAUCUAAAAACUGCUUGCAAAACCUGUUGAUCGCUUGUUUGCGCUCCCUUUCUAACCCCACCCAGACUUUCCAAAUGCAACUCUAUGAGAAGUCUUUGCAAGGCAGGUGCUCUGGGCAAUUGCUGCCUCUUGAGUCUAGCUCCACUGAGCUAAUCAAACCAGGAAGUAACAGGACUAGUUGUCUGAUUGACAGCAGGUGCUGUAACAAGGGUAAUUUAUAAUAGUGCCAACUUUAAUUGAAAUCUGCACUUUCUGUAAACUAUAAAACAGAGGACACACUCUUCACACAUAAAGCAGUUCAGCAAGCAAAAGUGUCCUUUUAAUCGAUAAAAUUAAAUUAAAAUUCAAUCAUUCGCAAAGAAUGUCAACAAACUAAAAAUAAAUGCCUCAAUGUGGGCAGUGUUUCGUCUAGCCAUUAUUGACGAGGAGAAAGCACAUACAUUUUAUCUCAUUAAAAAAAAAUGCUCAUAUUUAUGAGGUUGCCUGCACAUUUUGUUUGUAGGUUCACGAUAAUCACUUAUCAAGUCUGCCAUGUGCCAUCGGUGAACUGGUCAACCUGCAAAAAUUAAACAUCAGGUACAGUUGUCACUUGUGGUCUCGAGUUCUUCAUAUGAGCCAACAAGAAAAAUACAGAUCAAUACACCUGUUUAUUAGUUAUUAAAAAUAAAUAAUGCUGUGUAUAUAUAAAAAAUUUAUUUUGUAAAAAACAAAUUGUAAAAUCCUUUGUUUCUUGGAUAGUAGAAUUAAAAAAAUGUUCUCCCUACUUUGCAGUAGAAUGUGUUUUCCUGUCCACUGUGAUAAAAAUAGGACUAAUGGACUAAUAAUGAUUUUUCUGAUACAAUAUGUAUAAUACGUUUCAUACAUGUUGACAUAUAUAGAUCUUAUGAUCAAACUGCUCUUGUCCAAACAACCUAAAUAUUUUUACUUAUGCUGAGAAACUAGUUUUGUCAUGUUUUACCCCUUUUCACCAUGUCUGAUCUUCUGUUUUCUGUCUUUGUUUGUCCUGCCUCUUUUGUGCUGUUGCCAGUCACAAUAAACUUAAAGAAUUGCCUCAAAAUUUGGCAAAUUUGCAGAAUCUAAAGUCCUUACAAAUUCAGCACAAUCAGUUAGAGGAAUUGCCCGACAUGCUGGGACAUCUAAGCUUUUUAGAAGAUUUAGUAAGUAUUAUUUUUAUUUAUUUAUAUUCUUUGUUUUCACAAAAGAUGCAAAGUGAUUUGUGAAUUGUGGUAUGGUUAUGGGGCAGGGAUCUGUUCAUAAUAGUAACAAAAACUAUUUAUAUGUAGCAUUAGCGAUUUAUGGAAUAGUUCAGAAGCAUUUAUAAUAAAUCAAUUUUUUUGUGUUUUGAGAAGAUCCUCUCCAGCAUGGAUUGGGCGGCCUAUUUAUUUAAAGAAAGAUUCAUUGGUGGUGCAGAGAAUAUCUCCCACUCACAUUUUGCUCUGAGUGUACAUUAUUACCGCAGCUAUUUGUAGAAUGAUCAGUCAUGCGACCAGAACACUUUGUUCAAGCUGUAUAGCAUAAUUUUUGUCCGUGUGCAUUUGUCAUGCCCACGUUACAUGCACAACAUAGGCUCAGCUCUCAGUCCUCCAAGGAGGUCUGCUGAUUGGUGCACAUAGCAUUGAUCACUAAACCGAGAACUUGCCUAUUGAUAGCAGCCAUGGUAGCUGCUAUCAAUUUAAAAUGCAAUUCUAGUUUAUCCCCCAAUCAUAGUUUGACUUGUUACCUCUGUUCAGCGUUGAUUAGUGGGAUAAGAUUAUAUUCCACUGAUCACAGAUGCUCCAGAGUGGCAUUCUCUUUCUAGUGAGAGGGUGGCCUUCCCACAACUGCAGGCAAUCAUAUGCUCCUCUUCCACUGUUUCUAAGAAUCUUUCUGCAAAUCCAUGGUGUUUUAAAAUAGAAACAUCUGGGUUUUUCUUUCUGUUUUUGUUAUAUUUUAGUUUUGUUAUGCAGUAAACAUGGAGCUGCUAAAUCCUUUAUAUUUUACUUUUUUUUUUUUUAUUUCUAUUUAGGAUGCAUCUAACAAUCAGUUGAGGAGUAUUUCAAGUAGCCUUGGCCAUCUUUCUUGUCUUGCUCGUCUGAAUUUAUCCAAUAAUAAACUAAAGACACUACCUGCAGAAAUCGGACAGCUGAAAAGUAAGAGACGUUCAUGUCAGUGGGCAAGUGUAAUUUUAAUGCUGUCUACCAAUCAGGCUGAAAGUAUCUGCAUAGCGCGUACAAUGAACAAGUCCCUGUUUUAUUAGACUGUGAGGAAUAAUGGCAUGGGGCAUAUAAUACACCAAAUGACUAUGAACCUGUUUUCCUAGCAGUUACUAGGUUUGCCAUCAGGUGUAGAGUGCUUCAAAAUGCUGCUUAUGGAAAAAAAGCGUUUGCUAAUGUUCCUCCGUUAUAGGUCAUCUUUUGCUCCCCCAUUUUGCCAUGGUCUUCAUUAGCCCCCUAUCAUUUUUAACCGACACCCACCCUUUGUGUUCUCUUCUCUCCGUACUUCUCCUGGGUUGCGAUUUAUAUUCUGGAAUUCCUUGCCUUGUUUUCAGGCUUUCCCCAUCAUUCCACAGCUUGAAAUGUUCUCUGUAAACUUUGCUUUUCAGAGAGGCCACCCACCUUCCUCCCUUCUAAUUUUCUCACAGUUUCUCUCUUCUGCCUGGCAUCUUAGCCACCACUUGCCACCAAGUAUGACUUUCCUCUUUAAUGUAACCACCUUCCGUUCUUUCUCUAUCACUUCUAAUUUAAUGUUAGACAGGAGAGCCCGCCCAACAGUUUGUCAAUCAUUUGGGUGAGUUGGUUAAAGGAACACUGCGCUCACGGAAGAGAAAGCCAAGCAGUAGACUGUGCGUAGACCACAUCUCUGGAAUCCAUAUGGAGAACAGACAGCUACCACUUUAAAGGGGAUAAAUCACAAAUGUCAUAGACCCCUGCCUAGGCUAAUUGUUGACUCCAUUGAAAUGAAUGACACAAUUCUGAAUGGAGCAUCUCUUUGUGGUUAAGGGGGGGUAUGCCUUUUGCUCUAUGCAAAAAUACCAAAAAUGUGUGUGUGUGCAGGGAGCUUUCAUGAUCGCACCCUUUUUUUUUUAACUUGAAAUAUUUAGCAUUUUUAAUGUAUAAAUAUUGGUAAUCAUUUUGACUGUUUUUAUUUCUCUUUAAAGUUCAUAGUGUUGAGUAGUUUUUAAGAGAUUAUUGUGUGUUCCGCUGUAGAUGUUGAGCUAGUUCUGGUGACUUGCUGUGUCAUUUUAUCACUGUUUGUGAAUUGCUUCAUUAGAUGUAAAGCAGUUGGACUGUACUGCAAACUUGCUGGAAGACGUACCUGUCCUGCUGGCUGGUAUGGACUCCCUGGAACAGAUGUAUUUAAGACAGAACAAACUGACUUAUCUCCCAGAACUUCCCAACUGCAGAGUGCUGAAGGUGAGAUGUAUACAGAGAGCUGUUAAGAUCAAAUACAUGAUUCCUGCCACCUAUUAAAGUGAUUUAAUCAUUCAUAGUUGCUCCUCUGCAUUUGAAUAUUAAAUGCAUAAGCUUAUAGUUCCUAUAUCCUACAACAAAAUAUAUUUGGUGUCUCUUCAUCCAUCCAAAUUCCACCCUGCACCUACAGGAAACAACUGUUGUCACAGUUACAUACACAGUCACACUUCUGCACACACACAGUAAGCAUCCUAAAGUGUAUUUGCACAUAUUUAUAUCCUCUCACAAUCCACAAUUUUGUCUCUGCUUCAUUUCCUGAAUGUCCUUCCCCAACGUUUUCACAAUCGCCCCCUUCCUUUGUGUGUCUCCUCAUCAAUUCCUUUCAUUGUGUCUUUCCUAAUCACCCCUCUCCUUCUGUCUCUUACUUCUUUUUCCUGUGCUUAUGCCCUUUUCGCACUCCCCCAUGUGCCUCUUCACAGCCCCCCUUUUACAGUGGCUGUCCUCUCCCAAGUAGCAUGCCAGGAAGAUGUCCACUACAUGUGCCAGGUUGCAGCUCACCUCCCCACCAUUCACAAAGGUGGCUGUGCGGUGUGUGAGGAAAGAGCAGAAGAUGGAAGGUCUUCUGCAGUCUCUGCCUCUCAUUGCUCACACACUCCUUUGUGUGGACCGCUAAAUGUGAGGACCUAAGGGGAUGUAGAAUCAAUUUAUAAACGAUGCUACUGAAUUCAUUGUUGGUUCUUCCUGCCCCAGAAGGUGAGGUAUCCAGGGACUUUGGAGAAUUCAUCAAACAUUUUUUAUUUUAUUUAUAGAUAGGGAAGCACUGCUUCUAGUUUAAAAGUGGUAAGUUUUUUAUUUUCAUCUUUUUUUUUUUUUUUAAGAAAUGAACACACUCCAUGUCUAAUGUCCUGUAGCAAUGGAAUAAUUUCCUGUUUUUUUUAUUGUGGCAGUUUUAGCAGCGUCCUAAGGUCUCUGUGCGAAACCACUGGAUCAUGUUUGUGUGCAUGAAACUACAAAGUCAUUAUUAAUUUCUGACUCUGUGGUUCUAGGAACUGCAUGUUGGUAACAACCAAAUAAAUACUCUUGGCCCUCAACAUCUGAAGCAUUUGUGCUCCAUCAGUGUCCUCGAGCUGCGAGAUAACAAGCUGAAAUCAUUACCAGACGAUAUAAAUAUACUGAAAGGACUGGAGCGCCUCGAUUUAACCAACAAUGAUAUCAGCAGGUGAACAAAUUCAUACUAUUAGAAAAAAACAGAUCUGUUUCACUACUGGAAACCACAGAUUUUUAUAACUGUUUAGAACCUUGGAAAUACCACCCUGUUAGUGACUCAGUAAUGUUUGAGCGCUUAGUAAUAUUCUGAUGUAAACAAUAACAUUGCUGCUGUUUACAUGAAUCUUUAUCCCCUAUAUUUAAUACAUUUGAAAAACAUAAAUCCGCAGGUCUGGAGUGCCCCCAUUUUAGAGCCCUCUUGUUAUAAACAAGAAACAAUGUUUUUCUCCUCAUUGCAUCAUUGUGUGCCCUGGCCACGGUAUUUUUAUGGUGCAAGUGCUCAUGCGCCAGCAUCAGCUGUGUAGUAGGGGUUCGGCUCACUUCCGGUGCGAAAUCUGAUAGAACACAGACUUUUAAGGUAAUUUGCUAAAUCUAAUAUACGUGAAAGAAAAUUUAAACAUCACAUCUAAAAAUGUUAAUACAGGUUAUAGGUCAUUUUCAAUGUUUUAUCCAGUGAUGUCAUUUUUAGAGAAGUGGCAGGACAGUACCCCUUUUAGUAGUUUGGGUUAUAGUGAGAGCAAAAUUCUCAUUGUUUAUGAAGAAUGCAUAAUUGAGAAACCAUUUUUUAUUUUUUUUUAAACAUCUAAACUCUAUGCACCGAAACAACUUUAGUGUAAUGAAGUGGUUUUGGUGUAUAGAUAAUGUCUCAGUCUGUUUAAUUUAGAAUUUCUUCUCUCCAUCUCUGUUAAUAGUUUGCUAGAGCCUACGUGAACCUAGUAUGUUAUUACAGUUAGCUUGACUGAGCAGGAAAUAACAACUCCUAAAGUAAUCACACUGUGUUGUAAGGUCUGAUGGAAAAAUAAACCAUUCUUCUGAGUCAAUCACAGUCAGGGGAGGUGUGGCUAGGGCUGCAUAAACAAAAACAAAAGUGAUUUAACUCCUAAAUGGCAGAGAAUUGAGGAGCGAGACUGCUGGUGCAUGAUCUAUAAACAAAAACUGCUUCGUUAAGCUAAAGUUGUUUUGGUAUUUUAAGUGUCCUUUUAAAUAGAAUUAACCAGGAUACAUUUUUGUUAAAACCAUUAAAUUGUAAAUUUAGAUUCAUGUAUUUUCUGAAGUAUAGUUACAUCUUAUUAAUUAUGUGAAUGCCAGAGAGGUGAGCGUAUGAUAUUCAUUGAGCGUUUUAUCCAUUACUCCCCAAUGCUCAAUAGCGUCUCAUCAGACCCAGAGUUCCAAUCUUGCUAUAUCUGUGUGUCUAUCAAAUUCUUAUUUAUUUUAUGUAGUGUAAGUAAAGCCAUAUAAUUUAUUGAUUAUGUAGUAGUAAACUAUGUAAAUCAUUGUGUUUUGCUCCUCAGCCUCCCCAACUCUCUUGGAAAUCUUCCAAAUUUAAAAUCCCUACAACUGGAAGGUAAUCCCUUGAGAGGGAUUCGGCGAGACAUUCUGAGUGUAAGUACGAUUACAUACUGUAAGAUUGGGUAUUAAUUUCCAAAGAUCCUUCUUUGUAAACAUUUAAACAUGAUGCUAUAAUAGAUUUACAUUCACACUUAUUACAAUUUAUGUCAACGGAGACUAUUGUUAUAAAUGUAAGAGAAUCCCAUUUCAUCUGUACAUAAUGCUAGCAAGUGUCUAAAUUUCUCUAAAUUAUGGGGUUACAAAACAGCCCUUUCUGCCUCCUGACAGUCAGUCCAGCCUGUGCACAGAGAUAAGGCUAUGCUCUGCAUGGCUGUUAUCCGGGAAACCUUUCUCUGGGUGCCUCUCCUAUGUACCUACUGCCAAAAAGAAAGCACUGUCUGCAAGCGGAAGGAUGGUAGAGCAAGGGCCAGCUCUGUGUGAGAGACGCACGGAGAGUGUCAGAAUGAUUUACUGCAGGAACUUUGGACAGGCAAUCUGAGGAUGGAUGUAUAGAGAGAGAACCGCUACAUUUUAUUUACCUACCAUAAAUCCAACAUCGAGUGUUGGGAACUUUUAACCUGUUCUGGGAAUCAAACCUGUACUUCCCAAACAGGGGUACACAGGAGGCGUGUCUAUCAGAAAGUGUAACACCCACUGAAAACAUGAUUGAUGCUCUCAGCAGGAGACCAGGGUAAUGGAAAUAAAUUAAAUUAAAAUAUGAAACCCUUAUAGGCUUAUUCAGGUUUAAGGUCAAAAUAGCUGAUCUGGACUAAUUCUCUCUCUAAAUCAGCUUUUUAUUUAGUUUGGCUACUCUGGCCUUAAAUGUAAAAUUAUCUUAGAAGUCACAUUAAUGAAUAACGCUGUUAAUUGUAUAGCAAGUGUCAAGCCAGAUGGUUACAAAACUGUAUCUGUCACAACAAAUAAACUUUAAGUUGACACAGAUCUUGUACCGUUACCAUCUGUAAGCCAGUGAUUGCUAGUGUUUGCCUCCAUAAUGAUUCUUGCACCUAAUCCCUGCACUAACUUAUUUGAUUGGAUUUCAGAAAGGAACCCAAGAACUCCUCAAGUAUCUCAAAAGUCGGGUUCAAGUCGGUAAGUUUUUAGAUGUGCUAUAAACUACCAGUAUGUUUACAUGUGAUGGUGCUUAUUGUGGACACCUUUGUACUGCCUGGUGGGGUUAAUCUCUGGAUUUUCUAUGGAUCUGCAAAUUGGAUAUUUGCUAAAGACAACUCAUGGGCACAUUUUAUCCAUUGCACUCAUGGUACACAUCCACUUUACCACAACUUGGUGCUUGCUAAAAAAUAUAUACAGUAUCUCACAAACCUGAGUACACCCCCCCAUAUUUUAUCAUAUCUUUUCAUGUGACAACACUGAAGAAAUGACACUCUGCUACAAUGUAAAGUAGUAAGUGCACAGCCUGUAUAACAGUGUAAAUAUGUCCCCUUAAAAUAACAACACACAGCCAUUAAUGUCUAAACCGUUGGCAACAAAAGGGAGUACACCCCGAAUGUUCUCAUACUGAGUAAAGGAUACGUGUGUCUAUUAAAUUUGAAAUAAAUCUGUAACAUUGCUGCAAAGUAGUAAAGAUUCCACGUUCAGAGGUCAAAUUUUGAUUCUUUAAAAAGACUGAAGACAUUUUCAGGAACUCACACUUGCCCUAUUUUUAUCACUUUUUAGCAGGAGUCACAUUGUCCAAAGUGAACCCACUUGCUUUUUGUAGGCAAAACUACAGUAAUUCACAACCUUAAAUAAUUAAAGGGUCUGCUUGACCCCCAUUAAAAAGGACCAGCUGAAAUGGUCCCCAAUAUUUCCUCACACCAUAGUAAGUCUAAUAAACUAUUUAUGCAAUUCAUCCUUCAAAUUACUCCAAUAUCUGUCAAUUGAGUUUAUCUGAAUUUGCUCUUGCAAUAUCAGAGCUUAGUGAUCCAGAUACUUGUUCUUAGGAUUUAUGAAACAAAAUCCAUUCGGCCUGUCCUUUUUCCUUGUUGUUCAGUUUAAUAUGUGAACUGCAUUCAUCUAAAUGAGUAGGAUUCCACCCAUUUGCAGGAUUAGGAAUCAUUCCAUAUUCAUUUUCAUAAUAACACGGAGAAAGUAUGAAAACCUGUAAUAUAAAACAUCUAUAUUCUAUGAGUCUGUUUGUAAGAACAGGCAUUACACUUCUGUAUUUACAUCUGCACCGUAUGUUUUAUCAGUACACAUAUAAUAAAUAUCUAUUUAUAAUGUGUGAAUAUAAUCUGACAUUCUCUUUCUAUUUUUAGAGGAAAAGUCUGAUCAGAACACAGUUACUGCCAUGACGCUGCCAAGCGAUGCCCUUGUUAACACUCAUUCCAUCACAACACUGAAAACCUUAGAAUAUUGGUAGGUGUAAGUAUGCAUAAUAUUUUGUUAGGGACGUAGAGUAUAGUAUACAAAUACUCCAAGCAUUUUUGUUUCUAAAAUAGGCUAAAUAUAUUCUCCUUCAGGGACAGAAUGCCUAUUUCCUCUCUCUGGGUAUAUUUUUUGUUACCUACUCCUAUUAGUAAAACCAUGCUGUUACUUUUACAAUUUAAUUCUACUGUGAUGUGUUACCAUCUUCACUUGUAUUACUCCUACAGCACCUGCUGCCCUGUAGUUUUUUGCCUCUGUUGUAUUUGUUUAUCCUGUACCUGCCUGUAACAAAUUACAUUACGUCAGUAAUCCGCCCUGAUUCACAACGCUAUCCUUCGUUAACAAAAUGUACUAUAGGCCUCUUUGGCUUUGAAACCUCUUUUUUGUAAUUCACUAUCUGCACUACUUAAAGGAACAGGUUUUGUUUACUAAAAUAAAAGUUUAUAUUCCUCCAUCAGAGAGAGAAUGGGAAGUCUAAGCACCAAUAUCACAUCAUCUUAAAGGAACACUCCAAGCUCCAUAACCACUACAGUUUCUUUCCUUUAAUGACUGUUGGGCCUUAUAGGCCGCCAUUCAGACAGCCAUUUGGGUCUUACUAAAAUAGAUUCAAUAACUGAAUCUUUUUUACAUCCAGUGUUCGCAUCUAAAGUAUGCUAACUCAUUCUGAGAAGCAUUGGUAUCAGUGCGUCUCAUAGAGAUAGCUGUGCACACCACAAAGUCGUUUAGUUUUUAAUGUUAAAGUAACUCUCUAAAUUGAUAAAUGAACACAGAAUAAACACAAAUAAAUAAAAAAAAAUAUUUGGUUAGACUUUUCCUUUAAACACAGCAGGUCUUUGCAUCUUUUAAUGCAGUUACUCUGCCUGUGCCACACAUUACAGCCUCCAUACACUUCUAACAGUCUUUCUAAUCUUGUUUUAUGAAUUUGUCCCAACUUUUCCUUACAGACUUGUUCUAUUUCUGAAAUAAUUUUAGUUUGUCUCGUAUUCACCGUAUGUUUAAGAGCACCCCAAAUAUCUGGUGAUUGACAAUGCCAUUCCAAAACCACAACCUUUUGUUGAUUUGAGGUGUAUUUUGAAUCAUUGUCUUGUCUCAUCCUCUGCCUCCAAAGAGCUAACUUUUUGUCAUUUAAGCACAGUUCUAGGCUUAUUUGCCUCUGGUGUAUCUGAAUGUUGUGUGCACAAUUGUUCCAAUGACCGCUUAAUAUGCAACUUCUUUGCAGAGAUAUGUUUUUUUUUACUUUCCUGACCAGUCUACGAUCAGUUUUAUUGGUUAUUUUCAAUGGCCCCCAGAUCUUGACUUGACGUCAAUCUUUCCUCUUAACUUCUAGCCCAUGUAGUUCAGGUUACACCUUGAGAGAUUCCGAGUGUCAAAUAUGUUUUUUAACCAUUGGAUCUGUCACCAAAAGAGUAUGAUCAAGGCCUAAUGAGUCAAUUUACACAAUUAAGGUUUUGAGACAAUACAAACAAAUCACCAUCAAAGUGAAUUGAGAGAAAGGGUGCCUAAACAUUCGCAUUUUGUACUUUUUCUGAUUUUAUUUUAUACUGAACUUGAUGGUCUCGAGACUUUUUUCAUUUAUUUUAUUUUCAGGUUAUUAUGCAUUACAGUGAAAUUCAGCAAAUCCUAACCAUGCAUUAAAAUACAGAGAUACGUUUUUACAUUUUGUUCUGCUGAGGUCAUGAUAACUUUAUUUGGAAAAACUACCAAAUGUGUUAUUUAGUCAAGGGUACCCAAACUUUGGCAUAUAAAUUAUGUUGUUGCUUGUCUCAUAUUUAUCCAAUAAAAUUCUAUUUUAUUUUUAGUGUGGCGGAAAAUUAAUUUUAGGUCUUAGUCUAUUUUAUAUCACUAAGACAGAUUAUAUAGAUCACAAACCUCGUAAAGCAGCAGAAGUGAAACAUCUAAUGUUUAAUGUCAUACAAGGCAAACGUAAUCGCAUUUUGAGUAAUUUUUGUUUAUACAUUUCAAUAGAUAGUGCAACAGAUCUCCUCAUCAGACAGAAUAUUUACAUUUUAUAUCUAUUUUUAUUCUGUUAAGUAAAUGCUAUCUAUCAUUUUCUCCUCUUUUAGUGACAAGCAAGCCCCUGCUAUCCCUGAAGCAGUGUUUAACGCAGCUGGUACGAAUCCGAUCGUAACAUUAAAUUUCAGCAAGAAUCAGUUGACGGAGAUUCCUCCAAGGUGGGAAGUACCAGCUUUGCAGUUUUGAACGUCAUAAUAUUCAAGUUACCUCUAUUUUGGUUUCAGGAGGAUAUGCCUAUAAUUAUUAUAUUAUCAGCAACAGUAUGUUAACGUCACUGUUUCAGUUUUUGAGUUCACGUUCUAAUCCAGACAUUGCAGAGUUAUCAAUAGAAACAAAGGUUUGACGGAAGCUCCUAUGAAACAGCUUCCUGGACAGGCGUAAGGCUAGCCUCCUCCCCACAGACUAUAAGACCUAAAAGGGGCUGUUGUCCCUGUGGGUUAGGGGCCCUGUUUUACUACAACAAAAUCCCUGUGCCCAGAGACACUUUGUGUGUGUGUAGUAUUCUGUUGUCUGAGUGCCUAAAUGUUUCCCCAUAUGGUUUGGUCAUGUACUAAAAUUGCAUGUAUUGCUUGUCCAGGUUGUAUGUGGCUUUUCUCCUCCCUUCCCUCCCCCACCCCCCUUUCCUGUCUUAUUGUUCUACCGGCAUGGCGUUGUCCCAUUGUUCCAGGGACACUUCCAGACCAGUUCAAACUGACUGCCCUGCCACUCCUUUAAAACUGUUAUGUGGUCCUAAGCUCUUGUCUGUCCCCACCCUUCCUGGUAAUUACAAGGCUCCAUUCACACUGGUUGUAAGUGUUGUAGUGUGAUUGGUUGCUAUACCAAGUUCAUACUGUUAUUGGUUGGAUUGAUAUAUGCAGUGUGAUUGGUUCUGUCUAAAUUCCAUACUGCCAUUGGCUACCACUGUAACCCUAUUGUAUGUAAAUGAGGCUGUUGGGGGUAUACAUAGAUGUUCUGUUUUUAUAAAGGUUGUGGUUCUCCCCUACACUAAGUGUUGUCUAACGCUUGGGGAGGUGGGCUAUAAUCACUAAAGCAGCAUUUCUUCCAACCUGAGAGGAGAGGAGUUCAGCCGAGAUACUCGCUUGGAGUAUUGGAGCUCCACUACAUGAGGAUACAACUAAAAAAACAAACUUAAAGAGUAUAUAAUAACAUAAUACUGUUUAAAAUUAUGUGGCUAUUAGGAAGGUUAAUCAGUCAUCAGACAUUAAUGGUUGCUUCCGCAAUAUCCUGGGAGGCUAAAUAUUGCAGAGAAUUGAACAGGGAAUUGCAAAUUGUAGGUAGAAUUGCUGAGCUGGAAAGAUCGUUAUGUUAAAGAAUUAAUUUAGUUUGGCUAGUAUGGACUAAAAUGUUCAAUUUAUUUGUUAAAGGAAAACUCCAGGCACCUUAAUAGCUUAAUUGAAAUAAAGUUGUUAUGGUGCCAGGAGGUCCCUGGCGUUGGCUUUUCCUCAGGGUUUAAGCCGUUGAUAAUCCUAAUGUUUUGAAUCCUGCUCCAUGUAGAUCCAUCCAUCUCCUUCCACUAAUCCUUCACGUUAAAGGACCACUAAAGUCACCAAGGCCACUUCUUCUCCUGUCCUUCUAACCCUGCAAUGUAAAAGACUUCAGUGUUUACAUUGAGGGUUAAAUGCUCUUCUAGUGGCUGUCAUACAGUAAAACCUGGUCAUGUGACCAGGAAGCCCUUGUAAGAAAGCACUUCUACGGAGAAGCUUGGAUGCAUGUGGGGAGCUCGUAGCGCAUGCGCAUCGGUUCCCUAAUGCCUCUCUAUAACGUGCGUUUUAAAUCGGGACUGGGACGCGAUACAUACUUGUAUUCUGAAUUCCUCAGCGUUCCUUUACAUUUCUGCCUUCAUAUAGAAUUGACGAGAAUAUGCAGAGAAGUAAAAGGUAUUUCUCCUACCCAUCCCCAUUAUUUCCUUUUUUUUUCUUUCAAUAAUCGAUCUAGUUGUUCCAAAUGAUGAACAGUGAAUCCUUUAUUAUUUUCAAAGAUCCUUUUUCAGUCUGGCAGUGUACCCUGGACUGAUGUUGAGCUUAGCGCUCUACUUUAACUAGUAUUUUUCAGUUUGAAGUUCUGCAACUUUCAGGUUUGGAACAAAGCAGUGCAGAUCGAAUUCACCUUCACUUUACCUUUCUGCAACUGUCUUUUAUGUUUAAUUCUGAGAAGAGAUGGCUUUGAAGCUUCCACUCUUGAGUAAGAUGUCUGCAUUUGGACUUCGAACUUGAAUAAUGCGAUCUUUUUUUUGAGCAUAAUGAUCAAACAACCAGAUGCUUUGGAUCGUUGUUUUCAAACAGCCGAUAUUCCUUUGAGCCUGACACUUAGAUGAGCAUGGCUGGCUUUAAAUUAGACACUUGCUACAGCAUCGCUGCCUUGCAGUUGACACUCGGGCACAAUUGCCUUCCUUGUUUGAUGCUGUAGGACCUGACACCAUUUUGCCUUUGGGCUGGACUCCCUACACCCCUGUGAGCCGAUCAGUGUCAUUGCUUUGUAGUUAAUUUGGUAGCAGCAGGCGCCUUGAUAGUCCAUUGAAGUCAAUCUUGAGACCUCCUGUUCUGUCUAUGGGAGAUGGCUGAUCUGCUGCAGAGUUAUUUAAACUGGUUCAGCAUAUCCAAAUAGUACUGGAAAGUUCAGAUGUCUGUAGUGGUCUGUUUGGCCUGUGUCCUAUUUUUCAUUGUUCUGCCGGAUGCCAAUUGAAUCUAGAAUGAAGCUUUUACUGUAAAUGCAUUGUGUUUCUGUGACAGAACUCUGAGUGUUCAUUAAGGGUGUCUAACACUUCCAGUGUUGUAGGGAUAAGGUCACUGGACUUCCUUACUCAUCGCUGGACACUAAAAAUGGUUGUAUAUUGUUCUGGAGAAAUUAACAGUAAAUGCACCAAUUAGACCAUGCUUUGCAUCCUAGUCUUUUUAUAGAAAUGCAAAGGAUUUUGCUACGAGAAUGUGGGAAGAGAUACAGCCAUCAUAGUCCUAGUUUAUGCCUUCAUACUAACAGUAUGUACACAGUAACAUAUUUUACUCUUUUAUAUAUGUUUGUGAAAAUAGGAAAAUAGAGCAGUUAUAUUGGCACAGUUUGUUUAGACAUCCCAGUUUGCCGUGUUUACCUUUCUGCUUCAAAAAUAUUGCUGAAUGCAAUGUCAUGACUACAGCUGAAAGCUAAUACUUGGACUACGCCUCCCAGAAUCCUUUACUGUGUCCAAAUAAGCAUUGCUUUGUUUGCAUCUUUUUGCAUAUUAUAAUGCAUUAUCUAUAUUCUGCAUGAAUAAGACUCCAUGUCAUUGUGCAGUGUCCUUUUAAAGAUACUAAACCACAUUAUGCCUUGUCUAUCUUGAUUAUGCCUUGGGUUCCCUGGUGCUUUUCAUUGAUUUUAUAUCAAAAAGAGGACAUAGUCUUAAAUUAGAGGGGCAAAGGUUCAAAAAUAAUAUCAGGAAGUAUUACUUUACUGAAAGGGUAGUGGAUGCAUGGAAUAGCCUUCCAGCUGAUGUGGUAGAGGUUAACACAGUGAGUCCAUGGAAUAGGCAUAAGGCUAUCCUAGAUAUAUGAUAAGGCCAGGGACUAAUGACAGAAAACUGAGCAGACUAGAUGGGCCACAUUAUUAUCUAUGUUUCUAUCAAACUGUUUAAAAACAAUGUGAUAUAAAUUAGAUGACGUUCUAGGACUGAGGCACCAACCUCUCUUUGGCUACAUUGAUGAUAUUGAAGCCAGCCAUUCUCCUUAUUCAUUUCCACAAACAUGAUUAGCUGAACAUCCUUGGGAUGUGUAAGCCCAGCACUCAGACAGUAACUGUUGUCCGGGUUAGAUUAUGGGAGCUUACUCUAAGAAUCAGUGAAGAUAGCAAUUCAGGAAAAAAUGUAGAAAAUUGGGACAAGUUGAAUCUCUGAUAGCCAAGAACAUGAAGUGAUGUUGAAAUAAAUCAAUUUGCUUACCAUAUCCAAGUCUAUUUAUUUAUUUUGUUGCAGAAUUGUUGAACUGAAAGAAUCCGCCUCUGAUGUUAACCUUGGCUUUAACAAGAUUAAUGAAAUUUCUCUCAAUCUCUGUAUGCUUCUAAAACUAACACACCUUGAUAUGCGGUGAGUCCCAUUCCUGUUUGCCAUUAAGAUAUAGGAGUGUAAUUUAUUCAAGUCAUGUUUAACCCACAGGUCAGUAUUUAAAAUAGAUUGUGCCGGUUCAUGCUGUUCUAUUGACUUUUUUUUAUUUUGACAGUUCAUGCUGUUCUAUUGACUUUUCUGAUGCAAUCAUGUAUCAUUUCUUAAAGUGAUGUCUAUCUGUACUUUCAUAGAUGACUUCUGUAUUGCUUAUAUUGAGUUUUUUUUUAAUGUAUACUCAACUGCAUCUCUAUGUUAUUAUUUCCCUGUAUCCUUCUUAUUGAAAACCAAUAAACAGAAAAAAAGAGAUUGUCCAGUGGUUGAAGCAGGUACAUUUUAUUCCUCAGGCCCAGGGUAACUGCUCACAGUUAGAUGCAUAUUGUAGUUGCGCUGUCUUAAGUGCGAUAUAAAUUUACUAAAUAAGUGACUGAUAUAAUUUUAAAAUGUAACAUUGGCUCUCCCAGAAUAAUGUCGUUAUUUGAAUCCACUGCAUUAUCCCACAGAAUAGCAAAAUGUCAUUUGUACAGCAAACUCCUAUGACUAUAGAUAGCUUUAUGUGUAGGUUCUAGAUUACCAACUCUGCGCUGUCACUGCAGAUCAAGAAAUGCUGGACCUGCUAGCCAUGAGGUGUAUUUAACAAUGUUUAAUGCUCAGCAGAGCUAUAGUUCCAGUAAAGCUUUACAAAUUGUAUCACUUGUCAGGAACAUAAAUUUAACAGAAAUUGCCUUGGGAUAUAGCACAGCUGAAAUGGCUAGCUUGUGUUCAGUGUCCUGCAGGAUUGUUCUGGUCAGAUUGCUGGCGUGGAAGAGACCAGUCAGGUAGUUUUAUGGUACCUCUAAUAUCUGAGCUAAAUCUUGAACAUACCUUAGAUCUGUAUUGGGUGUUUAUCUCUCUAAGUUCCAUUUAUAAACACACUAGGAAACAUUGUAAGCCUGUGCGAGAUAUAAUGUUACUCCAAGCACCAUGACCAUGGCAGUGAUUUGAAGUGGUCAUGGUGCCUGGAGUCUGUAUGCAGCACAUUAAAAUGCUGCACAUAAAGAGUUUCAUCUUAUGUUACCGCAGGUGUAAUUCCUCCUCCAGCAGCGCCAUUGGGACGUCAUUAGCCGGGGCAGAACAAGCCAAUUCUGUGUAUAUUUCUAUGCGCAAACAUUCAUUCAUUGCCUGAGAGCAAUCAACUGAUGCUCUGAGCCAAUGAAUGACCAGAAGGAUCGGAAUCUGGCCUAAGCAGAAGCUGUGUGUCAUUAAUCCCACUUCAGGGCAGCCUCCGCGCCCGGUGGGACCUAGGUAAGAGGGCACACUGUGGCAAAACAUUUUGCCCCAUUAACAGGGAACUAUGCCAAGGUACUCCUGGCAUCGUAUCAACUACAGCUGACAUUAUUUUAUGCACUUCUUUGUAAAAUGCAUUAAAAUGUAUGUUCAAGGAAAAAAAAAAGUUAAAUAUUAAAAAAAUUAAAAGCAAUACUCACGUUUUCAGUUCCUGCAUUUUCUGCAGAUCUCGAGACUUCUGUAAGGAGCUCUCGCCUUUCUAUAGCAAUACUGAACUUUAAUCUGUACAUAUUGUUUUAUUGGCACAGCAGGUGUUUCUGGGAAUUGUAGUUCGGGAUUCAGAUUUUUACUUUAAUAAGUGGACAGCUGUACUACAACCUCCAGAUACCAAAAUCUCGACAUCGAGUAUCGCAAUAUAUUUUAGCAGAGUAGUGAUUGAGAAAGAGGACAUAAUUAUCAAAUUUAUUAAACAAAACUAAUUGUUAAAAACCUAAAUCACUUUAGAGGUUAUAGUGCCAGGAGAGCCCUGGCACCCAUUGGAAGUAGUAACAAUAUUUGCUAGCGAUUUGACUUCUUACCUGUGGUCUGCCAUGCGCUGCUCCCUGGCUCUGCUGUUCCGGUCCUGAGAACCUUAGUUAGCAAAUGGCUUGACUACUUGCACUGGGGGGAUGCCAGGGCACUCCUGGCACCAUAACCACUGCAGCACACUAUAGUGGUUAUGGUGCUUGGUUUGUUCCAUUAAUAAUAAUUAAAAAAAAAAAAUACAAAUAUUUAGAAUAGUUAUCUCCACCCUAACCUCCUCAUUGCAUGUAGGUGACUUGAUUGCCUGUUUAGCCCAGGAACAUCCGCAAAUGCUGAAAGGCUCCUAGCCUGUCUAUCCGUGGCAAAGUGCAACCUGUGUCUGAAUCCAAGACUGAAAUCCACAACAUAAAUAUCUUCUUUAAUUUUAACAGUAAUUUCCAUAGUUUUUUUUUUCCCUAUAAUAAAGCUUAUAGUGUUCUUUAUGGACAAAUGUAUUCACUUUUCUUGAUAUGAUUUUUGAAUGUAUGUGAUCUCCAGGCCCUGAUUGCAGACACAAAGCAAGGCUAAAUGGCCAUGAUUUACUCAGAUGAAGUUAAUUUUCCUGUUUAUUAAUGUCAUAUUGUGCUCUCAAAGCUCUUGUUUACUUUUUGGUUGCACUCAGAUUCUGGAAUAUAGUCCUCAGAAAACAUUUGCCUCUUCACAUCCAGAUUCCCAAAAGAAGGUCACACUACUUUAAACAGAUGGGAGGUGGAUAUAGGUGGGUCUUUUAAUGGAGAGGAGAGGACAAAGCUGAUAAAUACCUUUUUAAGGAACCAUUGGGUGUGCCAACCAAAUAGAUAUGCAUCAGUAAAGUCAUUUUCUGCUGCCAGUUUACUCCUUGAAGUCUGUCCCUUCUAUUCCAAUCAGUGUCUUCAUAUAAUUUGAGCUGCACCACUGACAUUUUACAUAGAUUGUGGCUUUGUGUUCACAUUCAACCUUCCUUUAAACAAGUAUAUACCUCGAUCCAGGAAGUGCUGGGGAUCAGACUCCUAUUUUACUCCCAGAAUUCUGCUCCUCAAAUCUGUGGGCCUCCUCUGGAGUUCUUAGUUCUUUACCAUAUUAUUGCCAAAUACUAGAAACGAGUCAAAACUCCAUGAAGCUUCAGCAACAUAUUCAAAAUACCUACAAACAUCUAGGACCAGCCAGGAAAAGCUAUCUUGUAUUUGAAAAACUGGAUAAAUUCUCAUCUUUAAUUCUAUUUGUGUUGAGCUAGACUUUUCUAUUCCAUUCCAGUUAAGAACCUGGUUUGUGAGUAUUUAUGAUUAUUUGUGAGUUAUGUUAAAUUUAAGUAAGAUGUCCUAAUUCAAAAUGCGUAUGUGGAUUAAACCCGACAUGCUUUAAUCUGUAUCUGGAUUAACCCCUACAUGCUUGAAUCUAAUUCAAAAUGCUCCAGAGGCUAGCUGACCUUGUAAAUGUUAUUCACCUGUUUACUUUGCAGUUUUACCCUGGUUCUGUGUUUUAAAAAAAAAAAUACAAAAUUAUUUCUGUACCCUGUUAUCAUUUUAAAGCAAUAAAGUUUUAUAUUCGAAAAUAAAUGUUCCACUAAUUUUGAUCUUUCACCCGAUGCAGAAACAAUCUUUUGAUGUCACUUCCUGAAGAGAUGGAAGCCAUGACUCGUCUGCAGUCUGUGAUCCUUUCUUUCAACAGGUUUGUACCUUGAAAACAAAUUGCUGAUCUUAUGUGUGAUUUCUGACUGCAUGUGAAAUGAACAUAGCGUAAUUUCAACCUGAGAAGCAUUUGUUGUCUAUUUGUGGCAUGUAAGGAACAAUGGAUACUUUAUACUGGCAGUAGUAAAAUGAAAAUAUCUGUAUUGCUGGCCAUCAUUGUUCGGGAGAUUUAGUCGAUUGAUUCAAAUGACAGUAUUGCCUUAACUUAUUUAUGUGCUAAAAAAACUAGACCAACAGCCUAUUUCUUAUUCAUAACACAAAUUCUAUCUUUUUUUGGUAGUAUCUGUAUUUUUAUAGUUUCGAUGAUUGUCCAAUGUUACAUACACAAUGUAAUGCUCGUUAAAUUAUUCCAUCUGUUGUUCCAUCUGUUGUUGGAACCUUUCUCUAGAAUUGUGCUACUUCUGUAUAUCUCAAUUUUUUGGUGCAAUCAUUGUUGUGGACUUAAUAUUGUAAGGGGCUCUGUCACCAUCAGGAGUCUUUGCAUAUUUUGCACAACCCACAAAAGUAACAUCGCCAGGAAGGAGGAACAGAAGGUAGUUAAAGGGACUCUAUACUCACCACAACAACUUUAGCUUAAUGAAGCAGUUUUUGUGUAUAGAUAAUUCCUCUGAAAUUUCUCUGCCAUUUAGGAGUUAAACCAAUGUUGUUUCCAUUUAUGCAGUCCUAGCCACACCACCCCUGGCUGUGACUGACACAGUCUGCAAGAAAACAAAAUGGUUUAAUUUUCAAUCAGAUGUUUUUUUUAAAAGUGUUUAUCCCCUGCUCUGUAAAUUGAACUUUAACCCCUUAAGGAUGGAGCCAAAUGUACACGUUGUGAACAAAACAAAAUGUAAACAAAACCUGGCAUUUGCGCUACAUGUCUGUCCAACCGUAAUUCACCUCAUAGUAAAUGCACCCACCCUUAUUAUAUAUCAUUUUAUUCAGGGGAAACAGGGCUUUCAUUUAUUAUCAAAUAUUUAGCUAUGAAACAUAAUUUAAUAUGAAAAAAUGGGAGAAAAUAUGUUUUUGUUUGAUUUUUUUAGUUCUACAUGACAUUUUAACGGUCAAUGUCAUAAUACUGUUUGCUUUUACUGCAAUAAGAUACACAUAUUUGUAUUCAGUAAAGUCUCACGUGUAAGACAGUACCCCCUAUGUACAGGUUUUAUGGCGUUUUGGGAAGUUACAGGGUCAAAUAUGGCACGUUACAUUUGAAAUUGAAAUUCGCCAGAUUGGUUACGUUGCCUUUGGGACUUUAUAGUAGCCCAGGAAUGAAAUUUACACUCAUAAUGGCAUACCAUUUGCAAUAGUAGACAACCCAAGGUAUUGCAAAUGGGGUAUGUCCAGUCUUUUUUAGUAGCUAUUUGGUCACAAACACUGGCCAAAGUUAGCGUUAGUAUUUGUUUGUGUGAAAAAUGCAAAAAACGCCAAUUUUGGCCAGUGUUUGUGACUAAGUGGCUACUAAAAUAGACUGGACAUACCCCAUUUGCAAUACCUUGGGUUGUCUACUAUUGCAAAUGGUAUGCCAUCAUAGGGGUAAUUUUCAUUCUUGGGCUACCAUAGGGUCUCAAAGGCACCGUAACCAAUCUGGCUAAUUUUAAUGUGAAAAAAAUGAAACGCAAGCCUUAUAUUUGACGCUGUAACUUUUGAAAACACCAUAAAACCUGUACAUGAGGGUACUGUUGUACUCGGGAGACUUCGCUGAACACAAAUAUUUGUGUUUCAAAACAGUAAAAAGUAUCACAGCAAUAAUAUUGUCUGUGUAAUGCUGUUUGUGCGUGAAAAAUGCAAAAAACGUCACUUUUACUGGCGAUAUCAUCGUUGUAAUAGAUUUUACUGUUUUGGAACACUAAUAUUUGUGUUCAGCGAAGUCUCCUGAGUAGAACAGUACCCCCCAUGUACAGGUUUUAUGGUGUCUCGGAAAGUUAUAGGGUUAAAUAUAGUGCUAGCAAAUUAAAUUCCCUUUACUUUCGGCAUGGGUUGUCAGACAGGUCCUGCUAAUUGUAAUUAAUUAAGAUACCUAAUUAUGUAAAAAUAUUACAUAAAUAUAUAUGUAGAAUUAAUAUAUGUGUGUAUGUAUAUGUAUGUGUAUAUAUAUAUAUAUAUAUAUAUAUAUAUAUAUACGUGUGUGUGUGUGUGUGUGUAUGUGUGUAUGUAUAUAUAUAUAUAUAUCAAAUUACACAUAAACUGAUACUGAUUAAAUAUAUAUAUAUAUAUAUAUAUAUUAUAAAAAAAAUUAAAAUGUAAAUACGUUAAAAUAAAAUUAAAAAAAUAAUUAAAAAUAAAUAAUUAAAAAAUAUAUAGAUGUGUGUUUCGUUCUAACUGUAUUGUGAAAUUAAUAUAUAUAUAUAUAUAUAUAUAUCUAUAUCUAUAUCAAAAUACACAUAGAACGAAAUAAUAUAUAUAUAUAUAUAUAUAUAUAUCUAUAUAUCUCUAUCUAUAUCCAUAAAUAUAUACGUAUAUAUCACUAUAUAUAUACUUAGAAUAUAUAUGUGAUCUAAGUAGGGACUGCCGGCGACCGGGUAAGUACCAAAAGACCGGAGGGCGUACUAUUACGCCCGGUGGCAUUUACAGCCCCUUAGAAUAGGGUGUAAUAGUACGCCCUCCGGUCUGAAGGGGUUAAUUACAUACAAGAAGCUCCUGCAGGAUGUGACAAGCUAUUAACAGAGCAAGAGAUAAGAAAUUCUAAAUUAAACAGAAUUUGCUAUAAAGGAAGUGUAAACAUUAGAUACCUCUUUAUAAGAAGUGUUGGAAGGCCGUGUAAGUCACAUGCAGGGAGGUGUGACUAGGGCUGCAUAAACAAAGUGAUUUAACUCCUUAAUGGCAGAGAAUUGAGCAGUGCGACUGCAGGGGCAUGAUCUAUACACCAAAACUGCUUCAUUAAGCUAAAGUUGUUUUGGUGACACUAGUGUUCUUUCUUCAGUUAAUGGCGCUUCAUCCGCAAGAAUGCCUGUUUUCCACUGUUGUUGAAUUUACAAAACUUGAUAUAAGAAGAGUAGUGUCCACUUUAUCUAAUACAAUUCUUAAUGUCCUGGAAUUUCAAUGUUGUACCUAUAAAGUCAAUAUAAGAAUUUCAUAAAGAUAUUUUUUUUUUUUUUUUUUUUUUUUUUAAAGGGACACUAUAGUCACCUGAACAACUUUAGCUUAAUGAAGCAGUUUUGGUGUAUAGAACAUGCCCCUGCAGCCUCACUGCUCAAUCCUCUGCCAUUUAGGAGUUAAAUCCCUUUGUUUAUGAACCCUAGUCACACCUCCCUGCAUGUGACUAGGGCUGCAUAAACAGAAACAAAGUGAUUUAACUCCUAAAUGACAGUGAAUUGGGGAGUGCAAUUUGAUCUAUACACUAAAACUGCUUUAUAUAGCUAAAGUAAUUUAGGUAACUAUAGUGUUCCUUUAAGUAAGCAGAAAUUAUAUUGCAGUGAUGGGGUUGCUUCAAGUACAUUAUUUUUUUUCUUGCCAGGCAGGUCAAUAUAUGCACCAUGUACAAUAAUCUUUCCACAUUUUCCAAGCCUUAUUUAUAAAUAUUACAUUGUGUUUACAAAAUUCUUGUUUCAUCUAUUAAAUACUAUUAGGAGAUCAGAGUGGUUUAAUUAUUCAUAAUAAUGUUUUUGUUCAAGGUUUAAAACCUUUCCAGAUGUUCUCUACCGCAUGCCAACUUUGGAAACAAUUCUUAUCAGCACUAACCAGAUCGGCUUUGUAGAUCCUCUUCAAUUAAAGAAGCUGACCAAACUUUCCACUUUGGAUCUUCAGAAUAAUGACAUUCUUCAGGUGCCUCCAGAACUUGGAAACUGCGAGAGUCUCAGGUGAUUUACCUUUACAUGCCUCAAGUACUCAAACAGCCAUGGAUAUAUUAACCAUAGAUUGUUACUGUCUGGUCUGUCCUAUAAUUGUUACCAUUAAAUAAGCAUACUUGAGGACCCCUACAUCUACUUUUGUAUCCUUUGGGGUUGAGGGAAGCUGUACCAUACAAAAUGUGCAUAAGAUUGACCAUAAAGUAGUCAUAUUUGUUGUCCUAAAACAAACGAAAUUUGGAAUAGAAUUGGCAUCUCUAGGACCUACUCAGUCCAAAUCAGUGGAUUUAAACACCACUACCCCAAGCCGAGAAGAGAGAUUUGACUUGGCUCAUCAGCUGUCAUUUUUUUUUUAAUUUUUUUUUUUAUCCACAGAGCCCUUCAUCUGGAGGGUAACCCAUUCCGUAAUCCUCGAGCAGCAAUUCUAUCUAAGGGAACGGCAGCCAUCCUAGAAUACCUCAGGAGCCGCAUUCCUACCUGACCAGCCUUUAAUCAUGGAGAAAAUUUAGAUAUUUUGCAUGAUCUAUGUUAAUCACAAGUAUUGCAGAGGGCUUUUAAUAAUUGUGAAUGACAAGACACUGGUUUCAACUAGCCUUUGCAGUUCUUCCAAAACGUCGGCUCGUGAAAUGCAUAGUAACACGUGUUUAGAUACAAGCUGGACUUAGCAGACUGAAUAGUGUGCAUUGUAAGUAGUUUACAAAUUCAAAUAAAUAUUUCCAUUUUGCUGUAAGUCUCGACACGCCUAUGUAUUGGAUGUUUUUUUUAAUGUUAAAAUAAGC